AGACAGCUGACGGUAGAGCGCCGCUGUGCUCUUCAAGAACAGCUGCGGCAAGAAAACGAGCCCGCCAUGGCUCUUCAUCUGGCGGCAGCGGUACUAUUCCAGCAUUACACGGGAUGCAUGUUGCACGCCCCCGGCCGGUGCGUGCCGCAGAUAAUAGGCUUCCUGAAAGAUAAACUAACUCCUGAAUCCUACGAUAAAUUAAACCAGUAUGUGACGCUAGUCAUUAAAAAACUGUCUGGGACUGAAGACACUUCAGUGAAGAAUGGUCACGAAAGCGAGUUAGCUGAAGACCAGGAAGAGAAAACAACAGCGGCACAGCUUGAAGAAGGACUUGAAGAAGUUAAGCGAAUAGCUCUCGAGAUUAAAAAGGUUAAGGAGGACACUUAA